AUGGUUUCUCCUGAUGCUGUUCGCACCGUGCUUGGAAUCUGUGGAAAUGUUAUCUCUUUCUUCUUGUUUCUCUCUCCUUUGCCAACGUUUAUCAAAAUAUGUAAGAAGAAAUCGGUGGAACAGUACUCGCCAAUGCCAUAUCUAGCAACGUUGAUGAAUUGUCUAGUGUGGACAUUGUACGGGAUGCCAAUGGUGCACCCAAAUAGUCUGCUCGUCAUCACGAUCAACGGCAUUGGUAUCGUCAUCGAGCUCGUGUACAUAGUCCUCUUCUUGGUUUACUGUAAUGGAAGAAAGGAGCGGGUAAAAGUGGUCCUGGUGGUUCUAGCUGAGGUCGUCUUUGUGGCUUUCUUGACCCUCCUGGUUCUCACCCUGGCUCAUACCUACACUCUUCGCUCUACCAUUGUUGGUUCAGUUUGUUUGGUCUUCAACAUCAUGAUGUAUGCUUCACCAUUGACGGUCAUGAAACUGGUGAUUAAGACAAAAAGCGUGGAAUAUAUGCCGUUUACUCUAUCCUUUGUUUCACUUGCCAACGGCAUUAUUUGGACCGCUUACGCUUGCAUCAAUUUCGACCCCUUCAUCGUGAUUCCCAACAGCCUCGGAACACUAUCGUCUCUUGUUCAGCUCAUCCUUUACGCCACCUUUUACAAAUCUACUCAGAUCCAAAUUGCUGACAGAAAAGCCCAAAUUCACCUCUCCGAGGUCGUCAUCAAGGGCGACUCCCUGUCGAACAAGACCACCGACGGCCGAGAUGCAACUUCCCCUGUUUCAGGGACGAUGACACCACCUCACAAAAAGUGA